AUGAAGGAUAUUUCCGCCAAAGACCCCUUUUUUCUCCUCCCUUCCAAAGUCCGCGAAAAGAUCAUAACAAGCCUUGAUUUCUAUCUAUGUUACGACAUGCUUUGUGAAGCUUCAGUAGUUAUGAAUCACGAGCGGCAUACAAACAAGUUGACAGUUUGUUCGGAUUAUAUCCUUGGCAAGUUUGAUCACUGGAAUUAUUCCUGGCAUGUUCAAGCCGCUCAUUUGUGCUGUCGCCUUUCUGACGGCCACUUAUCCGGACAAGAUGUGGAUGACUAUUUCAACGGGGAUUAUUACAAGGUGAAACUCGCCGAUCCCUUGCUUUCGACAAAACCGGAAAUAGUUUACGAGGUGGAUGCACUUUAUGGACGUUUAGGAGACUACUUGAGCCUAGGUCCCGAAAUUGUCCGUGCAUUUAUCGAAAGACAUGUGGAUCGAGAUGUCGCCCACUUCAUCGCCAAGGCGUACGGAUGGUAUGGUGAAAGAUAUCCAAAGACAUAUCCCUUGACUGCAAGAGAGCAUGACCAUGUAACGUCCUUUCUUAUUCUUGUUGAUGUGAUGGACGUUUUGGAGCUUUCUGGUCCUCCCAAUCCGAACGUAUGUUACAGUCAUCAAAGGCAUUUCAGCAGAGGAAAUCAAAGUGCCUUUGACUUUGCAUUGUUCCUGGCUGUGCAGAUUCAACAAAAAGCAAUGCAAGAUGAACAAUUAAGGAGAAGGAAUGAAGAAGGCCCCCAAAAGUGGCAACAGUCAACGAAAGCAGAUAUAGCUGGCGGGAUGCUUGGUCAUGGAUCGGAUGAGGCAACACAGGAGAGGAGUGAAGAAGAGUGGGUAUUUGUUUAA